AUGUCUGCUGCAGCGUACGCUAUCCCGUUUGACCCCCAGGCCGCUUCACAGACAGCCGUACCCGACGUCGAUGCAGCGAAGCUUUGGUCCACUGUCCCCCAUGGCGACAAAGUGCCAAAGGUCGGCACCGCGCGCGUCUUCUACGACACCCCCGCGACAAAAGUGACCGCUCUGUCGUCCCUCGGCGAAGGGUUUGCUUCAAAGAAGGGGGACGAACGGAGGGAACUUGUCAGGAAAUCGGUCGGAAAGGCAGUCAAGUCCAUCCGUGAAUUGGAGGGAGUCAAGGAGGUUACCGUCGAUGCGUCCUUGGAUGCCCAUGCUGCUGCUGUGGCUGCUCAUCUCGCGCAGUAUCAGUUUACUCUCAAGACUUCCCCCCCGUCGCGGUUCAACCCCAACUUGACAGAACCAAUACCCGAGAAGUUGUCCUUCAGCCCUCAUCAGGCGUCGGAGGAAUGGGACCGGGGCGUCGAGUACGCGAAGGCACAGAAUCUUGCGCGCACAUUGAUGGAAUUGCCGGCCAACAUGAUAACUCCAACCGCAUUCUGUGAACGCGUGAAGAGCCAGUUCGAGGGCAUUCCUAACGUCCAAAUAUACGUCCGCGACGAAGCUUGGGCCGAGAAGAAGGGGAUGCGAACAUUCCUUUCCGUCACCCACGGUACCUCAGAACCCGCAAAGUUCCUUGAAAUUCAUUACAAUGGCGCAGGAGACGAUGCGCAGCCUCUUGCCUUCGUUGGCAAGGGCAUCACCUUCGAUUCCGGAGGAAUCAGCUUGAAACCUGGUGCUGGAAUGAAAGAGAUGCGGGCUGACAUGGGUGGUGCCGCCACCGUCGUCUCUGCAACGCUUGCAAUUGCUAAGCUCCAACUUCCGGUCAACCUGAUUACCGUCACGCCCUUGACUGAAAACAUGCCCGGCCCCAGCGCUACGAAGCCUGGAGACAUCAUCUACGCCAUGAACGGGAAAACCGUCGAAGUCGACAACACCGACGCGGAAGGCCGACUUGUUCUAUCCGAUGCUAUCUACUACGUAUCCUCAGAGUACAAACCUCACACGCUUAUUGAUGUCGCCACCCUUACUGGCGCCAUGAUGAUCGCUCUAGGCGAAGUAUACUCGGGUGUUUUCUCAACAUCCGACGAGCUGUGGCAGAAACUACACGCUGCCGGCGAAACUGAGUAUGAUCGCUUCUGGCGUAUGCCGCUCGACGAAGACUACGGUCCACAGAUCUAUUCAUCCAACGCCGACCUCCAAAACACUGGCGGACGCCCGGCAGGAAGUAUCACGGCCGCGCUCUUCUUGAAGGCGUUUGUCGAUGGCCUAGAACCCAAAGACGGUAGCGCGCCAUUGAAGUGGGCGCAUAUCGACAUCGCCGGGACCAUGGAUGCUACGAGGGAGACGGCAUACGGAUCGAAGGGAAUGACGGGACGGCCCGUUCGGGCUUUGAUUGAAUACGUCCGCCAACUUACGAGCAACUGA